CUUUUUUUUUUUUGCUUCCUUUCUUUCUGUACAGGUUUAUUCUCUUGUUUACAAAGAUAACUCGGUACACAGCAGAGGAAACGACAGCCUAAUGAGUUGGUCCAACGGACAUCAACACUAUGGAUUUGACUAAGAUGGGUAUGAUCCAACUGCAGAACCCCAACCACCCCACAGCGCUCCUGCUGAAGGCCAACCAGAUGCGCCUGGCAGGGACGCUGUGUGACGUGGUCAUCAUGGUGGACAACCAGGAGUUCCACGGCCACCGAACAGUGUUGGCAUGCACUAGUAAGAUGUUCGAGAUCCUGUUUCACAGAAGCAGCCAGCAUUACACUUUGGACUUUCUCUCACCAAAGACGUUCCAGCAGAUUUUGGAGUAUGCCUACACUGCGACACUCCAAGCUAAAGUGGAAGACUUGGAUGACCUGCUGUACGCAGCAGAGAUUUUAGAGAUAGAAUACUUAGAAGAACAAUGCCUGAAGAUCCUGGAAACCAUCCAGGCUUCGGACGAGAAUGAUACUGAAGUCAACAUGAACGAAGGUGGCGCUGAGGACGACGAAGACCGCAAGGCCAGGUACAUCAAGAACAUGUCAAAGAAGCAUUCCACGGAGGAAGGGGGUUACGCCAAUGCAGCCCAACAGGGGCUGGCCACAGGUACAAUGGUAGAUCAAAGUCCUUCUGUUUCAACGUCAUUUGGACUUUCCACCAUGAGCCCCACGAAGGCUGCGGUAGAUAGCCUCAUGAGCAUCGGGCAGUCUCUUCUACAAAGCUCUUUUCAACAGGCUCAAGUGAAGACAGAGAUAAUGCAAGUGGACGAAGUGUCUGGCCAGGAAAGCCCGGUGACGUCCGAAUCCACUUCUUCCAGUGGGGACAAGAGUGGCGAUUCGGAUAAAAACAAGGACGGCCCUGGAACACCUACCCGCAGCAGCGUGAUCACAAGCGCCCGCGAACUGCACUACGUUCGUGAAGAGAGCGUGAGCGAUCAGCAGGGCGAGGUGGGCCAAGCGGGGCUGGAAAGCCUGGCUUCUCUGCACGAGAAGCACCUCGCUUCUCUGUACUCUCUGCCGCCCAACCAUAAAACUGAAACGCUGCUGUCUGUGCCGGCUUCCAUGGCGUCUGCCCUCCACAUGCAGCCAGCCCUCGCCAUGUCCAUGGACUUCACUGCUUACGGGGGGCUUUUGCCCCAGAGCUUCAUUCAGAGGGAGUUCUUUAACAAGCUGGGGGAGCUUGCGGCAGGGAUGAAGCCGGAUCACAGGAGCCAGAAUGAGCGCUGCAAUGUGUGCGGAGCGGAGCUGCCAGAUAAUGAUGCCGUGGAGCAACACAGGAAGCUGCACAGUGGAAUGAAGACCUAUGGGUGUGAGCUGUGUGGAAAGAGAUUCCUGGACAGUUUGCGUCUAAGGAUGCACCUGCUGUCUCAUUCAGCCGGUGCGAAGCCCUUCGCCUGUGAUCAGUGUGGAGCACAGUUCUCACAAGAAGAUGCUUUGGAGGCCCACAGACAAACACAUACAGGGUCUGAUAUGGCCAUCUUCUGCCUGCUGUGUGGCAAGCGCUUCCAGACACAGCCCGCCUUGCAGCAGCACAUGGAGGUGCACGCAGGGGUGAGGAGCUACAUCUGCAGCGAGUGCGACCGGACCUUCCCCAGCCACACCGCCCUGAAGCGUCAUCUCCGCUCCCAUACAGGCGACCACCCGUUCGAGUGCGAGUUCUGCGGGAGCUGCUUCCGGGACGAGAGCACCCUGAAGGGACACAAGCGCAUUCACACCGGAGAGAAACCCUAUGAGUGCAACGGCUGUGGCAAGAAAUUCAGCCUCAAACACCAGCUGGAGACUCACUACCGUGUGCACACAGGAGAGAAACCGUUCGAGUGCAAACUGUGCCAUCAGCGUUCCCGCGACUACUCCGCUAUGAUAAAGCACCUGCGCACCCACAACGGAGCCUCCCCUUACCAGUGCACCAUCUGCCUGGAGUACUGCCCCAGCCUCUCCGCCAUGCAGAAGCACAUGAAGGGACACAAACCUGAGGAUGUGCCCCCAGACUGGAGGAUAGAGAAGACCUACCUGUAUCUGUGCUAUGUCUGAGCGGAGCAAGAAGGCAUACAAAAAGGAGAAGUUGGGGAACAGAAUAGCACAAGUGAAAGGGCUGGGCAGAGGAUAAAAAAUAAAUAAAGGAGGAAAAGGAGGGCUCGGUUUGCAAGAGUGGGGGAAUUGUGACCUGUCUUUAGAUGUGCACUUUCUGCAAAACUGACUACUGCUUAAAAAAAAAAAAAAUACAAAAUUACACACACAUCCACCCAAACAACACAGCAUUUCUGCAUCUACCCGUGGAGUAACGACAACUGUUUCAUGCUAACUCUCUCAAGUCUCUUUCUUAACUUCACAGAACCCGGGAGAGGAUUACGAUAAGCUUGCCAGUAUAAGGUACUGAAGUCGGGUUUGAAACUCACAGCAAGGUUGUGCCAAUAGCCCGUAGCCAAUAGAUCAAAACCAGAGCAGGAUCCCAGUACUGAGACAGUGCCCAGAUUGUAGGGAGGAAGGAUGGGUCAGUCUUGGCUGUGACAGUCCUUAUUUUCAGGUGUGUUUUGACUCCUUGUUUUUGUAUGCUCUCCAGUAAUAAGUGAAAGGGUAGCUCAGCCCCACAUAGUGUUAAAUAAAUAACCCUGCCCCUGCUUUGUUGUGCAUCUUGGCUGCUGUUACCACACACUGUGGAUGCUCUGAAUAGGGCUCCCCCUGCUGGACACGCCCAGAGGAAUACUGAGAGCACUUAAAUCCCCAAUGCUUGCAGUCUACCAUUUGUCAUGAUUCGAACAGAACAGUGGUGGGAAGUCAGAUAUAAUUUAAAACAAGCUACGCAAUAUGUAAUGAUCCCCCACGUGUGAAUUAGUUACAAAAUGUCCAGGGUUAUCAUUUCAUAUAUCAGUUAAUACACUCAUGGAAUGUGUUUCAAAGUCAAGGAGAUCUCAAAACCUGACCACCUUCUUCUUCUUUUGAUUGUGUGACAUUUCUUGAGAAGCCCUACCAUUUGGCUGGUUGUGGAAGUGAUUGACUGGUACAGCGACAGUGGUCUGUGGAUAUGGACUGGCACACCUAUGCCAUGUCACUAGGAGCUUGUUCAGUAAUGGGUGAACUCGUGUGUAGUCACUGAAGUAUUACAGGUUUGUUGCAUUCACAGUACCUCCUUGGAAGUACGUAAUGACUACAGACAGGGAGGCAGCUUUUGGCCCUAUCGGUAAAACAGAGUACAGUCUGUCUGUCUCUUUUUUUUUUUUUUUUUUUUUUUUUUUAAAAGAAACUAGUCCCUUAUUUCAGAAUUCCCCAUUUGCUCCUUGAAUAUUGUGUGUACCAGAGAUGUAUUACUUUCAUUAUUUUACACUUUGGCUCGUGUCAAAAAAGGACAAACACAAAUGCAAAUUGUGUUUUCAUUUUUCAGCAGAGGGUUUGCAAUUCAUGAGUAGUAUCCAUACACUCGAACCGUUCUCAUGCGAAUACGGAAGAGACCAAAAUGUGUUGGACGCAUAAUGUUUGCUGUUUCGGCCUUCAAAAUGCAGUAACGACAUCUCGAUGAACUGCUUGGAUCAAAACGCAGUGAAGUUAUUGAUAAAGCCAGCCCGGGUGGGUUAACAAAUAAGGAGGAAGGAACUCUUUAGCUACAGUGAAUAUAUGUAUAAAUAUAUAUUUAGUUUUUCCCUUUUUUUUUUUUUUUUUUUUUUUUUUUUUUACCAUUGUGUUUUUUCAGCACAUCGUACUUGAAUUACCUCGUUUUUGUGACAUCAUGAGCUGUAUAUAUUAAAAAAAAAAGUAUUUACUUUCUUUUGUCAGAAAGUGAUGUCACAAAAUGAAGACGUGCAGAGGCAUACUUUGAGGGGGGAGGGUACUUAAGUGCCACAGUGAAAAUAGCAAUUAUGUUUUUAUUUUUCAUUGUACUUUGUGCAUUAUUGUUACCAAAACUGGUAUUUUUGUUUUUAAAACAGGCCACUUUAUUAAAGAUGUGGAGCUGGUUUUGUUUUGGCAUUGUUUUGGAAGCUACCUCUGUUUGUUUUUUUUUUUAUUGUUGUUGCAAAAGCACAUUCUGCAGUAUUUGUGUUUUGCUUUUGUGAUGUCAUGGCAACGUCAUCUCAUGCUUUAUAUUUUUGUUUACCUAAUUUAGCAACAUUUAUAUAAAGAGUUAGAGAGGUAGUUUUAGAUAGGAUGAAAGGGAAAACAAAACAAACAACAGUUUGGUUAUGGUUGUCCUCGUUUCAAUUUAUCGGUGGAAAAACAGUUUUUUGAAACCUCAAGACUGGGUAACUGUUGAAACGGGAGGGCUUUGCAGUAUAGUAAGAGCGUACUAUUUUAAAGAGAGUUUAAAGAAGUGUUAAACUUGAAAUAUGUGAAUAGAAUUGUAGUUUUGUAAUAAUGUGAAACAGUAGGUUCAAGGUUAUUGAAUCUGUAAGGGCAGGUCAAGUAGGCAUUAAUGCAACGCGUGUUGAACAAUGGUGGACUGCAAGUGGUUAUCAAAAAGAAAUGAACGUGCUGUUGGUUCACAAGCGUAGGUUCCUUGAGGCGCACGGAUUACAGUACCCGAGCCGGCAGAACUGAUUUGAUAUAUAAAAUUGUGAUAUUUUUGUAUUAAUUGUCAGUCCCUUUCCAUUCGUCACGUUUUCAGCAGGGUAAUGUAUAUUUUUGUUGCCCUGCCCCUGUUUUUUUGUAAUGUUGAACAUAAAUGUGUUUGUGGAAAAUGUAGUAUUCAAUGUUUCAUUCCAGGGGUCGUAAAAGUCAGAGAGCUACUGAAUCUAACUGAAGUCAAGACAUUGGAGUAGGACGCUGCUGAUUUGGUUAAACACAACACACAUUGAUGAUUAUACUUGAAAUGGCCGAGGGAAGAGGGAUGUAGAGUACAGUAAACACAUUAAACCGCUUUGACUGGAAAGCACGCUACACAAGGUGUUGUCAGCACGGUGUUUUACACCUGUUUGGCAGUUCCUGCAAGUCCUGUGCCACACUGCCCAACACUAGUACGAUGGAUUCCUUUUUAAAGUAAGCGAUAGACAGAGACCCAAAAUUGAGCAGGCAGUUUUAAUUGCUAAGGUGAAAAAGAAACAUGCACACAAGUAUAUGUGUUCAACAAACAAAAUGAAAACCUUUAGCCAGGGUUAUCAUUUUUUUAAAUAGAAAAUACACCACCACAAAAUCAGCCAGCUUUAUACAAGGAUUUUCUAAUGAAAGACAAAGGAACCGAUGACUUGGUGCUGAUUUUGGUUCUGCCUACGAUGUGACUCUGGAAUUUGCUUAGCUGUUUCUUUAAUCUUUGUGCCUAAAAUGUUCAACAAAGUGUCCCUGUUUAACUGUGUAGCGUUUCUGUACCUUCAAAAUAAAUGUAUGUGUGUCAUCUGAUGGGGGUGUCAUGAUAAAAAAAAUAUCCAUAAAUUGCAAAUUCACAUAUUUUGUGACUGGAUUGCAAAGUAUUUUUUUUCAAUCUGUUGGCUGUCGUUGAAAUGAUUUAGAAGUAUUUUCAAUGUCAGUUUUCAUUUAUUCUAAUGCUCACCCUUUUCAGUAAUAUAAUUAAUGGUACAACAAAGUUCAGCACAGUCUUGUGGUGUAAACAAUCUGUUUGAAAUGUUAAAAUGUGAAACCAGGAUUCCACAGUAUAGCAAGCACUCGUACAGGAAAAAAAAAGACCGCUUAUUCUAAACAUUUCAAGAAAUUUUUAACGAUGUAUAUUAAAGCACAAAGCUCGACGACAGCAAUCUGAUACUUUUAACCAAAACAGAAAAUGUGCAUUUAUAGAAUAAAGUUACGGAGUGCAUAACCAACUGUUUGCCAAAAAUCUUUUCAAGAACUCCGAUUUGCUAUACCCCCUAUUUCUUGACAGGGUAUUCUGGUCUUCAGGCACCCGCGUCAUACUGGUGUCAUCUGCUCCCAGUGCAUUCUGCGAGGCAGCUUAGCAACACUAUUUUUAGCAGACGCACAAAAUGGAAGGAUCUUGGUGCAGUCCGGAAGUUCUGCACUCUAUAAUAAUAACAAAAUACCCAUCGUCAGAGUUAUCAUGACAUCCCAAGAGCUCAAUCGCUGUGUUCCAGUGUGGUGUGCCAGAACAAGUAGCCAUUUCAUGCAGUGGUGUCAUGCAUGUGCCAUUAGUCUUUAGUCUAAAAAAUAUUCAGAUAAUGAAACGCCAAGGUAUCCCUUUUUAUAUAUAUAUAUAUAUAUAUAUUAUAGCACUGAGGACCAAUUGCCCUGUCUGACCAAGUGUGAAAGCUUUUGUUUGUGUGUUUUUUGCUGGUCUCAUUUUUUGUUUUGUUUUUUGGUGUGACGGCACAAGUGCCAGUCUGCUCUGUAUUUUUAUUAUUAUUAUUAUUAUUGUUGUUGUUAUUAUUUUUUAAAUUGAUAUUAUAGUUAUGUCUACCUCAGCACCUCUUCUAAGCCUAAUCUUUGAAGGUGCCAAAUGUAUUAUUUUCUUUUUUUUUUUUUUGUCAUUCGGUUAACUCUGUAUGAACUUUAUUUGCAUUAGUGCUUUGCGAGGUCCUUUUUGUUGUCUUUACCAGUACAAAAAUGCUGUCUUCGAAGUGCUGCAGUGUGAAGUCAUGCCUGCAGAUCCUGUGUUUUUAUUCGUUAUUUCUUUCAGUGUGGGUUCAGACACAUCUCUGUGUAACUUUUCAGUGUUUCUCUGAUGGCGUGUGGAAAAAUGUAAAAGAAAUAAGAGAUUUAAUACUGCAGGUUGUUUUUUUUUUUUUUUUCUCUCCAUGUUGUCACUAAGUGAAGUUUGUGCCUUCAAUAGCGAAAGAGAAUAUUUUUUACAUCCGACUAACAGUAGAUUUUUUUGUAGUGAACAUUUUUUGUAUUUUUAUUUAUAAGUCUCAUAAGGAAAAUAACAAUGUUCUGUUGUAUACCUUGAAUCUGCAGUUAGAAAAACAAAUAAACAAAAUGGACUGAA